CUCCUGCCCUCUCCGUACUGCUUCAUCUUCCAUCAUAACUUGAAGUAUUGUUUUACAGCCCAGAAAGAGACUUCACCAGUAGCAGCUCCUCCUCAGCUAGCGAAUUUUAGCCAUAGCGAUUUUGUACUAAAACCAAUAAACUCGCAGAAACUCGUGCCGCCGCCGUCCCUCACUGAGCUCCGUCUGCGCCGCGCCGGGCCCGCCGGGCCGCUAGGGGGCGCCGUGGCCGCGGAGCCCGGCGCCGCCCCCCCCCCCUCUCUGGCCGCCUUCCCCCGCCCCUUCCGUCUCUUCCGCCGCCGCCAUCGCCGAGACGCCGGGCAGUUCAGCGCCAUGUCAUCUCACAAGACGUUCAAGAUCAAACGCUUCCUCGCGAAGAAGCAGAAGCAGAACCGGCCUAUCCCGCAGUGGAUUCGCAUGAAAACGGGCAAUAAGAUCAGGUACAACUCCAAAAGGAGACACUGGAGAAGGACCAAACUGGGCUUGUAAGAGAGACUGUCUCCUGGGAACUCUAAUAAACACGUGUCUUUCUGCGUCAGAUUGAUACACCCGUAUGCUGUUCGGCGACCCCCAAGUAAUUCCUUCUGUAGUGUUGGACUGCAAUCCCCAGUGUUUGGUUUUUUUAUGAGCUAGUCUGGGUUAUUGAUGUUAACUGGGAAAAUCUUAAAGUAAUUUGCAUCUGAAACAUGAAGACUGUGUUCUAUUAGUGUUCUUUCUUUCAGGCAUCAUCCUGGGUAUUGACAGUGUACAGGCUUACUAAUAAAUAUGGACCCAAAUGA